AUGUCCUCUUUUACAGUAGAAAAUGAGGGUUUUGAAGAGGAUGAUGAAAACCUUCCUCCAAAACGAAGGGAUAAAAACUGGAGAGUGCCAGAUUUAAAGCCUUGGUUGGCAGAAACAAACUCAGAUGAGGAGACAAAAAAUGAAAAUGAAACAGAAGAGAAUGAAGAAGGUAGUCCAUCUGGCAGGAGAGGAAGGAGAGGCAAAAAAGGACUUGGAGCAGCCAAGAAAAAAGCGAAUACAAAGAAGGAUAAGAAGAAAAUCGAUGCUGAUGGGUCUGACUCAGAGGAAGAAAAAACAGAGGAAGAACUAGACAAACUAAAGGAAGCAGUUGAAGAGAAAAAGAAAUUAAUUGCUACAAUAAGGAACAAACCUUGGAAGAUGAAGCAGAAGCUGGAAGUUCUUAAGGAUGCUCAAGAGUUUGUGGAAGAAUUUGAAGGAGCACUUGGAAAAGGAAAAGGGAAAAAGUUUUAUGCAUACAAAGUUAUGAUGCUUAAAAAAUGGAUGAAGUUCCAGAGAGAUUUUGAAAAUUUCAAAACUGCUUGUAUACCAUGGGAAAUGAAAAUUAAGGAAAUUGAAAGUCACUUUGGCUCUUCCGUUGCCUCCUAUUUUAUAUUUCUGAGAUGGAUGUAUGGAAUUAAUAUGAUACUGUUUGGAUUAACCUUUGGUCUUGUCAUGGUACCUGAGGCUUUAAUGGGAAAACCAUACGGCUCAAUGCCCAGAAAAACUGUUCCCAGAGGUGAACAACACAGUGCUAUGAAUUUUGCCACACUUUGGGACUUCAGUGGUUUUGCACAAUAUUCUGUCCUCUUUUAUGGCUACUACAACAGUCAACGUACAAUUGGAUGGCUCCAGUUUAGGCUGCCCCUUUCAUAUUUGUUGGUUGGAAUUGGUACUAUUGCGUAUAGUUUUAUGGUAGUCAUUAGAACUAUGGCAAAAAAUGCCCAUGAUGAUGGAGGCGGAGACGAUAAUAGCUUCAAUUUUAGCUGGAAAAUGUUUACAAGUUGGGAUUAUCUAAUUGGCAACCCAGAAACAGCUGAUAAUAAAUUUGCCUCUAUUACAACAAGUUUUAAGGAAUCUAUUUUGGAAGAGCAAGAAAACAGGAAAGAGGAAAAUAUUCACUUAGUUCGAUUUCUUAGAGUACUUGCAAAUUUCUUUGUAUUGUGCACUCUGGCAGGCAGUGGAUACCUAAUUUACUUUGUUGUAAGAAGGUCCCAGCAAUUCGCCUUGGACGGUCUUGAUAAAUAUGGAUGGUGGGAACGCAAUGAAGUGAAUACAGUUAUGUCUCUGUUAGGAAUGUUUUGCCCAACGUUAUUUGAUGUUAUCAGUGGGUUGGAAAAUUAUCACCCAAGAAUAGCUCUGAGGUGGCAGCUUGGAAGAAUCUUUGCUCUGUUUCUUGGAAAUUUGUACACAUUUCUAAUAGCACUCAUGGACGAGAUUAAUCUUAAGCGAGAAGAAGAGAAAAUUGUGCAGCAUAACAUGACACAAUGGUAUGCAAAUAUUUAUAAUGCUUCAUACUCAGAAAAUUCAACUGUCCCUUUUCAAGUUGAUCCAUCUGAUGUCCCUAGAGGGCCAUGCUGGGAGACAAUGGUGGGGCAGGAAUUUGUUCGCUUGACUGUUUCUGAUAUUAUGACCACAUAUAUUACAAUUCUGACUGGUGACUUCCUACAGGCUGUAUUUGUUCGCUUCUUUAAUUAUUGCUGGUGCUGGGAUUUGGAAUAUGGAUGGCCAUCCUAUUGCGAGUUUGAUAUUAGUGGUAAUGUUCUAGGAUUAAUUUUUAACCAAGGAAUGAUCUGGAUGGGAUCAUUUUAUGCACCGUGCCUCCCGGCUAUAAAUGUGUUUCGGCUACACACUUCAAUGUACUUGCAGUGCUGGGCAGUAAUGUGUUGCAACGUUCCCCAUGCAAGGGUAUUUAAAGCCUCCAGAUCCAAUAAUUUCUAUAUGGCAAUGCUGCUCUUUAUACUGUUCCUGGCCAUGUUACCAGUCAUCUACACAAUUGUCUCCAUCCCUCCGUCCUUUGAUUGCGGCCCAUUCAGUGGAAAACAACGAAUGUACGAAGUUAUACAGGAGACUCUGGAUAAUGACUUCCCAGCAUGGUUUGCAAAAGUAUUUGGCUAUGCCUCGAACCCUGGGCUGAUUCUUCCAUUCAUCUUGCUUAUGGUGUAUGUAUAA